CCAAAAUCCCAGAGCAGAGAAGCUCCGCGGAAGGUGGCGCAUGCCUCGAGGGUUCGUUACUUUCUCCAUUGCUUUCUCCCUUCUUUACGAUAUCUUCUUCCCUUCUCUUCCCUUCUCCAACACUCUCGUGUCUCGUCCGUCCUCGGCCUGGAAUACCCUCCCUGCUUCCCUCCCUCCCUCCCUCCUUCCUCCCUCUCUCUCUCUCUCUGGAUUCCAUAUCGCAUCUAAUUUAAGAUAUUUGCCGUUUUCGGCAUUGUUGGAGACCCUAAGCCUUUCCCAAUCUCAACCGGUGUCCCACCGGCAUUUUCUCAAACUCCUUGAUUCCGGAGUCCCUCCAUCGGUUCAAAGUUCUCACCUUUCCCCCGAAAUUUGAUCCAAAAUCGCACCUUUCCAACUCCUAAAAUUCCGAUAUUUCUCAAAAAGUUGGAGUCUUUUUUCCAUGGAGCUCGUCACCGAGGACCCGGCGGCGGAGGACGAGGAGCCGGAGAGGGAGAGCACCACUCGAGAGCCCCGCCAUUACCGGAGCCAUUUCCCCGGCGCCGUCCGGAAAAAGGCCUACCGCUUCGACGGCCACGGCGGCUUCUUCACCAAGGAAUGGGACCUCCGAGAGGGCACCGGCCAAGAGUUCUGCUGGUACCACGUCGAGCUCCCCAAGAGCAACCAGAAGCUCGCCAUCUCCGCCGAGUACCUUAUCGACGUCCUCUGCCCGCCAUUAAAACUCCAGGACAUUCUCACCCUCGUCAGCAACGGUCCCUUCUGCGGCCACGUUAAUGGCGCCCUCGUGUUCCGGGUGAACUCCCCUGGCCCGGCGGCGAGCAACUUCACCCUCCGCCUCGCCGCACGGCUCACCGAGAACUCGGUGAUCACCGUGAGCCUGGGACGGGUGCCGAGGCUGGGUUUUUCGCAGACCGAGCGGUCGUUGCUGUCGGAGAUACCAAGCGUUGAAAGCCCGAGCCGGCGAGUGCUGAGGGAUGAGGAGGUUGGUGGUUCGAGUGGCAUUGUGAUUGGCGAGCAUGUGCUUGAGUUCUUGCUGACAAUGAAUCAUUCAGAGGAGGCCGAUAAUCCCGUGCCGGAGACCGUUUCGAAUCUAAUUGUGCACAUUGUUGACACACACAUUGAUCAGGUGCAGGAUAUAGUGACAAAGUUUGAGAUGGAGUUGGAUUCAAUGGAGCUGGAAUUGGAUAAAGGUGGAACAACAUUGAGGAAACAAUUGUUGGAUGACAGAAGAUUUCCGAAAAUGCAUUUAAAUUUGCAGCGCCUCUUACAGGUUGUUGCUCAUGGUGAGCAAGUGUUUCCACGAGUAAAAGAAAAGUGUGCAGCUAAAAGUUGGUUUGCAAGUGAAGACAUUGUUGCACUUGAAGAACUAAUAGGUCGUCUUAGGAGGCUAAAAGAGAAUUUGGGAUUCAUAGUUAAUCGGGUAACAGCAAUUCAGGCUGGUCUUGAUAGCUGGCAGUCAGAGCAAAUAAACAGGAAGCUUUACUGUCUUUCUUUUCUCUCGAUGAUCUUUCUUCCACUAUCCAUUGUUACUGGAGUAUUUGGGAUGAAUGUUGGAGGUGUACCAUGGACAGGGCAAAGAGACCCUGAUUUGAAAGAUGGGUUUCGUAAUGUUAUGAUUCUCUGCGCUGCCUUGCUGUUUCUGCUUCUAGUUUGCUUCAUCUUUCCUUCUAUCUAUGCGCACAUAUCUUCUUGGAAUAGGCAUGCUGCACCGAUACGGAGUUGGUCGAUCAGUAGAAAGUCGUUCCUGAGAAAAACCCUUCAUCGAGAUGGAUUUCAGGGAGGAGGUUACAUCCGCAUCUGAGAAGCUAACUUGAGGGAAUCUUGCAUCUCUUGCCCAAUGCAGAACAAGUGGUUUCUUGUAAAGGCCAUUGUGUCGAACAGACAUUCAAUUCCCUUGUGAUGCACUGAGUCAUCCAUUUUGUGUGACUUGAAGACAGUGGCACAUACAUAAAGAUAAUUCUUUCAUUGGAAGAUUACAGCCUGCUGACAGGGAUCUAGAGUGGUUGGAUACUGUUGUACAAUUCCUAGCAUACCCAGAAGCACCAUUUGUUGAAGCCACCAUUUUUUUUCAUUUGUGCAUUGUUUCUUGGCUGCAGAACUCUGUGCAGCUUCAGAUAUUAUUCAAUUGAACGCUAAGGUGUCUUUCAUCAUUAAAAAAAAAAUGGAAAGGGAAAAAAGAAGUUAAGAUAUCUGAUGACUAGUGAAAUUGGCAUUCAUUUAGAUGUCUUGCCUUGAGUUUGGCAUGUGCUGUAUUGUCCGAACAAGCUUAAUAUUGUAGCUUUAAGUGUAGGUUCAAGAGAGAGAUGUAGGAGAUUUUGCUUCGAACAUCUGUAUUCACUUCAAUUAUAGCCACUAAUAAAAAAACAGCAUUUCUUGGAUCUGGUGUUUAAGCUAUUUGUUUAUAUAUCAACGAGAUUUAGGCUAUACCAGUGCUUGGAGGGGCCUGUGUCUUUAUCCUAGUGUCAGCUUCACCCUCAUGUUUCACCUUAUUUGGUCUAGAAACAUCUUACCAAGGCUAUCACCAGAGAAAAGGAGAAGGGAAGAAAAGACUAUAGUAACUUCUGGAUAAGUGGUAUCUUUGUGUAUGAUAUUUUGUUUGGAUUUCGAAUUAUGCAGCAUUGUAACUUCUGGAUAAGUAAUAUCUUUGGGUAUGAUAUUUUCUUUGCAUUUCGAAUUAUGCAGCAUUGUAAGCAUCAGGGGUCGACGAAGACAUUUUCAGAGCAACCCAAAUUAUAAUUUGUCCGGGCUGGAAGUGAUAAUUUGUCAUGUAAAUACCUGUUUUCUAUGACAAAUUCUCAUAAUAUGACAAAAAAAAAAAGUCUAUUGCAAUGACCAAAAGAACAGAGGUUAUCU